GGACAGGGAGUUCAGUAUCGAGUGCUGACUAUCAUAACAAAGGAGUGAUGUGCUGUGCUACUAAUGAAGAAGGACAAGAGUGCACCCAACUGUAUGACUACGACCUGGACCGUGAUCCAGAGAAAAAUGAGGAGGAUUUUAAUGUGACUGUGAGCUCCAAGCAGUCUUUGCUGCUACGCUGCCGAAGUAGGAAUCCUAAGCCUGUGUGGAAGAAGGACAACGAAACACUGGAUGCCAGAAAAUUAGCAUGUUCUUCUAAAGAUAACAAAGAGCUCUGUAUUAAAAGUGAUAGGCAUUUGUCAACUCGUAUGGCCUACGUGUUCAUCAGAUCAGUUAGUGAGGAGCACAGGGGCAUGUACACCUGCACAGGAGGGGGAAAGAUAGCUAAGGCUGUUGACGUUCGUAUCCAGGAUAACGCUUCCCUCGAUGCCCAGUUGAAUAAGAGCAAGAUCAUACCAGCUCAGAAGGCAUCGAGUACUUGUCUGCAAGCCAGUGUUUCUUACCACCCUGUGCUCCACUACUGUUCCUGGGAGACUCCCGAUAACAUGAGAAUUAAAUGCACGAGGGAAACGUUUGUUACGAAACACAGGACUGUAAGGCUAUGUCCUCAAAACCCUUCACACCCCUCACUCAUAACAGGAGAUUAUAAGUUACACUUGAUGGCUGGGAACCAAAAUCUAACGAAGACUAUAACAGUGAAGGUUGUAGAUACAAUAUCAUGUGUAAGUGUUCGGGCCCUGAAUUCCUCUGACCGUCCUUCUUUCUCCAAACUGUUGUCCUUUAUGUGUGACGAGCUGCAGAGGGAGGAAGAGGUAGGCCUGCAGAAUCCAACAACCUUGGGUGGAGCCCAGUCUGACUUGGACGUGGUGACAGUUGAGGAGAAGCUUAUGAAGCCAUCAGACAUUCAGUGA